AUGUCGACCCCAACUUCCUCCACCUUCAUCGACUGCUACGCAACCCUCAACAUCCACCCGCACGCCGACCUCAAAGAGAUCAACAGCGCUUACAAGCGGCUCGCUCUAAGGUAUCACCCAGACAAGACAGAGGGAGGUGACGCCGAGACGUUCCAGAAGAUCCUCUACGCCGUCGAAACCCUCCGCGACCCCAACCACCGCGCCGUCCACGAUGCCGCCCUCGACGAACACCGCUGCCGUAACCUGAAGUACAACCUCCAUACCACCGCAGACGCCGGGGCCUUCUUCCACCGCAGCUAUCACCGUCACCACCGCCAGCAGCAGCAGCAGCAGCAGCAUCGUGCCGACGACCCAUACAGCCAGAGCCGGUACGAGGCUUCCUAUCGCCACAGCGUGCAUAUGGAUCCUACGGCGCCGGAGUCCAUUGAGAUUUUGAAGCAGAUGCGUCGGGAGCGGGAGUACAGUGAGCAGCUGGAGCGGGAGCGGGAGCAGGAGGCUCGGGAGGCGGAGGAGGCGGCUGCAGCUGCGGCUGCGGAGUUGUUUCAGGAGGGGGGAGAUGGGGAAGGGGAGGGGUAUGACCGGGGCCGGGCCCAUGUGGUGGAUGAUGAGUUGAGUUCUUGGUCUUCUUCGUCGGAGGAGCCGAUGGGGUAUUAUGAUGAGAGUGGGUUUGUGGUGACGAGGAAGAAGGACAAGAAGAAGAUGGGAAAGGGGAAGGGGGUGAAGGAGGGAGAGAUGAAUGAGGAAGAGGAAGAGAAGGAGGAGACUUGGAUUGGGUAUUCGGAUAAGACGGCUUAUUGGUCGGAGGAGAAGCAGGCUAAGGAUCUGGCUCAGGAGGACAGGCACGCCAAGUGGAUGGCUAGUCUGUUGGAUCCGGAUGCGGCCUGGAAGUCUACGAAGUAUUCUUGGGGACGGCAACAGGAGGAGGAAGAGGAGGAGGAAGAGGAGGAGAAAGAGGAGGAGGAAGAGGAGGAGGAAGAGGAGGAGGAAGAGGAGGAGGAAGAGGAGGAGGAAGAGGAGGAGGAAGAGGAGGAGGAAGAGGAGGAGGAAGAGGAGGAGGACGACGACGACGACGACGAAGAGGAAGGGGAAGACGAAGAAGACAGCGAGGAGGAGCAGUCUGACGAAGAAGAUAGUGCUGACAUCCUAUCAGAGGGUGAAAACGAUGGGCAGGAGGAAAGCACCUCCAUGGGUAAUCUGAUUGACCUUGAGGAUGAUGCCAAAGACCACGCAGAAAUGCCCACUGUGACCAGCAAAGGAAGCACCGGGUCUGCAACCGAGGUCGUUCUUGAAGACCACCAUCAAUCAGCCGAUCUGGUGGACUUGGUGGAAGACGAGAACUCGCAGGCGGGUGUUAAAGCGGACAAUGAUCUGGGAGAAGGCAAUGAGAAGAUGGAUCUGGAUGGACAGCCAGGCUGUACGCAAGGACAAAAAGACGCUGACUGGAAGGAGAACGAUGAAUGUUAUGGAACCCCCGGGGCCGAAGUCUUCCACGAGAUGUUCUGCAAAGAGGAUAUUGGCCCGAAGCGGAAAGAAGUAUGCAUGUGUGGAAGGGUCGAGGGUAUCGCCGACGAUGAAGAAGACUGGUUCCGGUAUCCUGGCCAGAUGCCCUGGGGCAUGAGCUUGCCAGACAAGUUCUCCAAGGACAGCACAACCGGCGCCGGCGACGACGACGACGAUAAAGAUGACGACGAAGACACAGACGACGAAGAUAACGACUCCGAGGGAGAUGAAGUCGACGGUGACGAAGGAGAAGACUUUGAAGACGACUCCGUUAAAGACGACUCAACAGUCCACAACCACAACCCACACAUUAAUCACGACGAUCACGACGAUCACGAUCACACCCAAAUCACACCAAAGACCUCAGCCAGCCCCAUCGACACCCCCUUCGAAACCAACUCCCUCUUCGCAACCUACCACUUCCACGACCCCAGAACCGAGCACCCAGCCGCCGCAGAGCAAUCCGACUCCGACUUCGUGACCGCGUACGAAGACCUCGCCAUUUCCACCGACUCCCUCACCAGGCCCACCAUCAUCGCAGCACCCCCACACGGCCUCAGCGCCUACCUCACGCCGCUGCUUCCAUACUUCGAGUCCAAGCUCAACCGAGGCGACGGUCAGUACACCCCGGACGACAUGAUCGUUGAAUGCCGCGGGAUCAUCCUGGAGACCUUCUGCGGGUGGAUGGAAGGCGUGCGGCGUACGUUCCGGGAGGCGGCGACGCGUGGCUGCAACGAGGGACAUGAAUGCCACCAUUUGGGGUACUGGGACAAAGCCUAUGGGCAGGCGAAGUGCAAGAUUUGCGGGCAGUGGGAGCCGAUCUUUACGCUCACCUGCCCCGGUUGCGGGCUAGAGGCGUGCGUGGCGUGCAAGUUUAUGGCGCCGGCGGCUUAG